AGGCGAGCUUCUUUCUUUUUUUCUCAACUUCCCAGAAAAGUUCAAAAAAAAAAAAAAAAAGGGAAAAAAGGUAGAAAUGGGUUUCGUGAUAGGGAGCUCUUGCUAUUUGCAAACUCCCAUUUCCAACUGUCAGCUACUGUUUUCUUCUUCUUCUUCUUCGCAAUCCAUUUUCUUUAACCUUAGAAAUGCAGAGUCCAAGCGAAGAAGUAGAAGCUUCAGGCCUCCAAUGGCUUCUCUGUCCCAUCAAGAUCCAAACGACCACGUUUCCCGCAAGAGGAGGGCGGUUCUUCUUGUGGGUAUUUCCAUUCUUCCUUUCCUGCAACUCAGAGCCAACGCUGUCGAGGGCUCCACCUUAAAAAAUGUGACAGAAAGUGAGCUAAACAAGCCGGAGGAAAACCAAAAAGCAGAGGAAGCACGGGGAGGUUCGCCAUCAAAUCCCUUUCUAUCUUUUCUGAAUGGUCUUGGGAUAUUUGGAGUCAGUGUGCUUGGUCCGCUCUAUGCUUUGCUUCAGAAGGAGAAGAAAGAAACUGAUCAAGCCCUAGAGUCAAUAAAGAUCAAAUUGAAAGAAAAAGAAGCUGCAAUUGUCUCAAUGGAGAAAGACUUUGAAUCAAAACUGCUAAAUGAACGCGAAGAACGAACCAAGCAACUUAAAGAGGCAAAGGAAGAAAAGCUGUCUAUAAUGGAUCAACUAAAUUCAGCUAACAAUACAAUUGCAGGCUUAGGGCAGGAACUUAAAAAUGAGAAGAGGUUAAUUGAGAACCUUAAAGUUCAAAUUGACAGUCUUCAAAGCAACCUCUUGAAGGCCGGGGAAGAAAAAAGAUCUCUUGAACAAGAAUUGAAGGAAAAGCUUGAUUUAGUGGGUGUCUUGCAAGAAAAAGUUAACUUGCUCAGUUCAGAACUCAAAGAUAAGGAAGGUAACAUUCAAAAGCUCAGCUCAUCCAUUGAUGAAAAGGAAUCAGAGUUAAAGAACGUAAACACUGCUUAUGAGAAAACUAAGGAAGAACUUAGGAAAGCAAAUUCAGAGAUUGAAGGUUUGAAAGAAGAAUUACAGAGAAAUCAAAGUGAACUUGAAUCGAAAAAUGCUGCAGUGGAUGAAUUAAAUGCAAGGAUAAGUUCUUUAACAGUUGAAAAAGAUAAUUCUAGGCAGGAAUUUGGUGCUCUUCAAGAGGAUUAUAAUAAUCUCAAAGUGUCUUCAGAAAAUAAGGUGGCAGCAGAUGCUAAGCUUUUGGGGGAAAGAGAAAAAGAAAUUCACUUGCUAAAGGACCAACUCGAGCUUGCUGUAAAUGAUGCAAGUAAAAAUAAAGCAAUUGUUGUGGAUUUGGAGAAGGAAAGAGAGAACCUGAAGAAAGCACUGGAGGUGGAAUUGGAAAAUUUAAAGAAGCUGAAAGAAGAACUCCUAGUUGCUGAGGAAACUCUUGCAAAGUCCAAAAGUGAGGCUUCUGAUCUGUUCAAGCAACUUAAGAACUCACAAACACAAUGUAAAGAGCUUGAGUCAGAGGUUUCAAGGGUUAGGGCUGAGUUUGAUGAAACUAAACUAAGACUGCAAGGUAGCCUUGAUGAGGCAGAGCAAAGUGGCAAAGUUCUUGCCAACGAGCUUGCAGCUGCGAAAGAGCUUCUGAACAAAACCAGGGAGGAGGUGCAGACAUUUUCUCAUGAGCUGGCAUCUAUGACAGAAAAUCGUGACAGCCUUCAGAGGGAAUUGGUAGAUGUCUAUAAAAAGGCAGAAACUACAGCCGGUGAUUUGAAAGAAGAGAAAGCGAUUGUUUCUUCUUUAAAGAAAGAAGUACAGGCUUUGGAGAAGCAGAUUUCGAAGGACAAGGAAGCAAGAAAAUCACUUGAAAAGGACCUGGAAGAGGCUACCAAGUCACUUGAUGAGGUGAACCAAAAUAUACUGAAACUUUCUAAAGAUCUCGAAAGCACUAAUGCUAAAAUAUCUAGUCUCGAGGAUGAGAAAACGGUUCUGUAUAAAACACUUACAGAGCAGAAGAAUGCAGCUAAAGAAGCCCGAGAAAACAUGGAAGAUGCCCACAACCUUGUCAUGUCACUUGGUAAAGAAAGGGAGAGUUUGGAAAAGCAAGCGAAGAAACUCGAGGAAGAAUUGUCAUCCGCCAAGGGUGAAAUACUACGGUUGAGGAGUGAAAUAAAUACAUCCAAAGUUGCUGUAAACGAUGAGCAUGGACAGGAAAGUGACAAUGAAGGUGAAGCAAAAGUGACAGUCAGUUCAAGGAAAACUACCAGAAGGAGAAAAAGUAGCUCACAAUGAGGUUCACAAGUAACCAUCCUGAAUUAUAAUAUUUUAUUAUCCUGGAUUUGAUUGUUGCUUGACAAUUUUUGGCAAUACCAUUGUAUUAUUGUUUCAUAAAUCUGACAUCGAGAAUGGUAAUUAAGGAAUUUGCUUAUAUGCAUGUAAAGAUCCACUGUAUGCUAUUUAAGGAAUUAUUUAGCAAUAACAUUGUAUCAUUGUUAUAUAAAUCUGACACCGAGUAUGCUAUUUUAGGAA